AUGGCGGUAAUGUCGGAUCAGGACCAUUUCUCCAAUGUAACAUGGAGCGACCAUGUCCAAGAGCAGACGGCUAGAACAACUACCGACGAACAGGAUGGCUUAGCGGAAGCUCAAGGCACCACCGCUGACCAGGAUGUUCAGAAGUUGGUUGGAGAGAGGCUCGAGUGCACCGUCACCUCCCCAAUCAAGGAGAAUGACGGUAGCAAAGACGCCUUCGUCUCAUAUCUGAUCACUACCAAUUCCACCUUCCAAUCUUUCCAGAAAGACCAUACCACUGUCCGCCGCCGAUUCACAGACUUCGUCUUUCUCUACAAGCAGCUAGUACGAGACUACCCAGCCGCCGCCGUACCUCCCAUCCCCGACAAGCAGCGAAUGGAAUAUGUCCGCGGCGACCGUUUCGGCUCAGACUUCACAUCCCGCCGCGCGAACUCGCUCCAGCGGUUCCUCGUCCGCCUCAGCCUCCACCCCACCCUCCGACGAGCGCCGAUCCUGCAUAACUUCCUAGAGAGCCCAGAUUGGAACGCCACAAUGCGAAGUCGGAAUGCGCGGGGUAGUAGCUCGAGCGACACUGCCGGCGGCACUGGGGGCGUGUUUGACAACUUCGCAGACACCUUCAUCAAUGCCUUCACCAAGGUCCACAAGCCCGACAGACGGUUCCUUGAGGUCAGGGAGAAGAGCGACAAGCUGGACGAGGAUCUGGCCAACAUUGAAAAGGUGGUUGCCAGGGUAGCCCGCCGGGAGGCAGACCUCGAGACGGAUCUUCGAGACCUUGCCGAGCAGUUCCAGAAGCUCAUCACCCUCGAGCCGGGCGUCGAGCCUGCCGUCCACGGCUUCGCUGCCAGCGUUGAGGACUCGGCCACCCACCUCCGCCGUCUCCGCGAGGUCACCGACCAGGACUACCUCGGAUCACUCCGAGACAUGCAAGCGUACAGCCAGUCGCUCAAGCAGCUCCUCAAGGCCCGCGAACAGAAACAGCUCGACCACGAGCAGCUCAUCGAGUACCUCAACAAGUCAACCAUCGAGCGAGACUCCCUCCAAGGCCACGGUGGGUACGGCGGCGCGGCAUCCGGGGCCAGCGGCUUCCUAAGGAACAAGAUCGAGGACGUCCGCGGCGUGGACCACGAGCAGGCCCGACGCGAGCGAGCCCGCAAGCUGGAGCUCCGCGUCGAGGAACUCACGGCCGAGGUGGAGAGGGCGCGCGCGACCACCGACCUCUUCGACGAGGAGGUCGUCCGCGAGGUGGCCGACUUUGAGCGCAUCAAGCGCGUCGAGUUCAAGAGCCAGCUGGGCGGCCUGGCAGACGCCCACAUUGCCUUCUACGGCGAGGCCGCAGAGGUCUGGGAGAGGUAUGCCAGGGAGAUGGAGGACCAGAUGGCCACCGCGCGAGCUCAAUAG